UUGUUUAAUUUUUUUUUGCGAAUAUUUCGAUUGGCUUAAUUCUUCUACCAAAAACAUUGCAGUACAUGUUUUUCGAUUAUUAUCCAAUUGCAUGUGUAUCAUUUUAAUGCUUCUCUCAACAAUAGGAUCAAACAUUGAUUUGAUAUCAUCGUAUCCAAAUUCUAUUACCCAAUCGUUUUCUUCCAUAUUCUCUUGCACUUCUUUCAGUUACAUAUGUAUUACAACGGGAACUAUCCAUUUCAUAGCCAGUAAAUUCGGACUUAUCCCCAGUGAAUGGUAUUUUAACAUUAAGACAGAAUUCCUGAUCAUAUACCGCAUUUGUCCAUAAUGAUUAUCUUCUAAUAAAUCAAUGGCACAGUAUCCAAGGAUUUUACGUAAAACAUUGAGAAAUUCCCUACCAAUAAUAAAUGUACUUCCACAAAAAUCUCCGGCUCGUUCAGUAACUUCACUCAGCUGUUUGUCCCCAAUAAUUUAUGAGUAGUUAAGUCUACUGUUCCACCGCCACAAUCGACUAUCAUGAAAGUAGUUUCGGACUUCCGGAUCGGUUACUUUUUCCAUACAAUAAACCGCAG